GAGAGAGGACGCCGCGCAACGGUAACCUGAGACGCGCGUCCUCCGUCAGAGAGAACGAGAACUUUGAUGAUUUGACGGUGAAACCGAUGGAAACGUGGAGAUGAUGUUCUAGUCCUUGAUGAUGGAUUCGUCUUUCAGCAUGUCCAGCUAUGCUGUCCUUGUGCUCGUCUCCUAACAGACUGCUGAUCCAUUUUUCUUCUCAAAUACUUCUGUUAUAUACUACAGAUUUUGUGAUUCCGCGUGAAGAACAGUGAAGGAAACGGGGCGCAUUGUUUCCAUUUUCAUUUUUACAAAGGACUUCCAGGAUUCGUGAUGUCUGCAACAUACCGCUCCUUAUUCCUUUUGCUGUUGACUUUACUCUCGGCCGGGGCUCAGACCGAGAUGAAGCGGGUUGUCGGAGACAAUGCCACAUUGCCUUGUCAUCACCAGUUCUGGCAGUCAAAUGGACAAACACUGGACAUCGAAUGGCUCCUGCAGAAACCCAAUGUUAAACAACGUGUGAUCAUCACAUUCUUCAACAACGAGGUCUACACUAACGACAACCAUGCCAGUCGUCUGUCCUUUGCGGGCGACUACCUGAAUGGAGACGCCUCUCUCCUGAUCAGUGAUCUGCAGCUGACCGACUCUGGAGAAUACCACUGUAAGGUCAAGACUGGCGGCAAAUACCACUGGAGCCAAGUCAACCUCAUUGUGCUGGUGAAGCCGUCUAAACCUCGCUGCUGGAUGGAGGGCCGGCUUCUGGAGGGCAGUGAUGUGAAACUGAGCUGUAAGUCUUCAGACGGAUCCGACCCUAUUCACUACAAAUGGGAGAGAGUUCUGGAUAAGGGCAAGAGUGUGGGAAAACUGCCUACCCUCGCACUCAUCGAUCUGAAGAACCCAGAGAUCGUGACCUUGAGGAACUUGACGCAGGACAGCUCCGGGGUCUACAAGUGCACCGCCAGCAACGAUGUAGGAGAGGAGAACUGUAUCAUCGAGGUCACAAUGCAAUAUGUGCUGCUGUGUGCAGAUGUGCGGGGCAUGGGUGUGGUGGCUGGAGCCGUGGUUGGGGUUUUGUUCGGAGUUUUGCUCCUCAUUCUCAUCGUCUGGCUGGUCUUCCGCAAGAAAGAGAAGAAGAAAUAUGAGGAGGAGGAGACGCCUAAUGAGAUCAGAGAGGAUGCCGAAGCUCCUAAAGCCAAGCUGGUGAAGCCCAACUCCCUCUCCUCAUCUCGCUCUGGCAGCUCCCGCUCCGGUGCUUCUUCCACACAGUCCAUGGUGCACAACUGCGCACCCCGAGGCCAGCGUCCACGGCCACCUGCUGUCGCCGCCCUCAAGGAGAACGGACAGCCCCACGGGUUCCCCCAGUCUCCCCCGGCCUACACGCAGGUCGUUCCUAAAACCCCAGAACCCCCGGCCACCCCAAAAUUCAGACCCCCCAAUCCUCCAGUGGGCAUGUCCAUCCCGGCGGGCAUCAUGGUCCCUACUCAAAGCAAGGCCUUUCAGACAGUGUAGAGAGUAAAGGAACAAUACACCCACAGUGACUCUUCCAAAAGUUGCAACUACGAUUGGAAAUACAAUACACACAAAAAAAAUGAAAGCAUAAUUAAAAGAUAAAAUCAAUCAUAUAAAAUCUAAAAAGUUGAAUGCAUAUUUACAAGGGAAAAUACACAGUGCUUGCCCCUUUCUGAAGUAUUAAAAGAAAACAAGGCAAGAACUGAAGAACAAGAAUUUUUAUUCUCAUUCUUUGGUUCCCCCUCCUUCUUUUGAUCUCAUGUCACAGUAUGACCCUUUUUUUACAUUACUUGUUUUGCUUUCUCUUCUUGAGCUCUUGAAGGCUUUGUGUGCGGUGGGUUGUAAAGAUUUCCCCAAGAUCAGUUUAUUUAUUUAUUGCAUCAGAGAGGCUAAAGGUCCAAGGGCAGGCUGGGUUUAUGAAACAUGAUGGUGAGCGGAAGGACCAGCCGACUCUGAAGAGAAAUGAAGGAUAUUAUCCUGUUGUUUCUGUCGAAGACAUGAACCGUCCAUCUCAUUCCCAUUCAAUUUUUCCAGAAGAGUCGAGAGUCAAUGCAGUGCAAUACUGACUGUGGCUCAGACAUCAAAAGGAAAUCUUAUUAAUACCUUAACAAACCACUGAAAAGAAGGGAAGUGAUCGGAAGAAAUGGUCCCCGAUGGACAUUUCAGCGCAUGAAUGACACCGUGUCAUUGAUGUAGCUAACAGUUCAGUCAUCAUCUAACUCACUGUGGGGCGAAUUCACUGAACCAUUUCACUAACUUAGCAUGCUAUAUUUCACAAAAAACACCCAUUUAAAUGGUGCCGUUGUAACUGUUUUAUGCGCAAACCAACUUUUUAUGUAAAUUAGGCUGACAUUGUAUCAAAAAUUACUGAUACUAAUGUUUUGCUAUAACUGCCAACAGAUGCAGAUAGAAAAUAAAUUCAGUAUAAGAGAUGUUAUCUAUGUUUUCUAGCAGUUAUAAUUCAUCAACUAUUGGAAUAAGAGCAUUGUAUCUCUUAAACCUUUAUUUUGGUAGUCCACUUCUAAUUACUAUAAGUAACUUUGCAACUACAUGUCAACUAGCAGUCAUUUAGAGUAUUAGACUGUCUACUUAAUAUCUUCUAAAACUUUAUUUUGAUGGUUCCCAACAGACAUUUAACUGAUUAUAAGUAACUUCGUCAACUUAUUCUAUUAACCCUAAUCAUAAUUUAACAGUUUGCUGAUACUCUAAUGAGAAUUAGUUGUCAUGUAGUUGCAAAGUUACUUAGUUGAACGUCUAAAGUUGACUGUCGAAUGUGUCAUGCAGUCAAGCGCACUUUAAUCACCGUUUCAGGUGCCUUGCAUUACUGUAUGUACAUUAACAUGAAAGUACACCAGACUGCGGGAAUCUGCUGUAUCCUUCACAAUCUAGCAUUCAGAACUGGCCUGUGUAAUAGCGGCGCACAAAAGUGUCGCAGUUUUGCAAACUGGGUGUUAAAAACACAAUGUGUGGAAAUCGACAAUGCCAUUGGCGGGUGCAACUGAACCUUAGUGAAUUCCCCCUACUGUGUGUGUCAUUUGCUCUUUACACACUGCUAUGAAUUUCUGCAGUUAAAUCUAUGUAUAUACAUGGAGUGUACUGUACGUCCUCUGCGGUCUGGUUUCGGAUGUCAUCCUCAGCGUUUCAUGGACUUAAGUUUGUAUUACAUACCGACCGCGGUAUAUUUGUUACAGCUGUAUUUCCAAUUAUUCUGAAACCAAAACCUUUCACGAAUACUAUGAAUGUGUAUAACUCGAAGAUAGUUUUGGUUUUUAUUUAUUUUUUCCUUCUUUCCUAGAAUACCAAGUGGUACUGCAUAAUGAGGCACAUGUAACUUUGGACUAUAAUCUCACAGUACUGUGGACAGGUAAAUGAAAGGGAAUGCCAUAACAGGGACUUAUGUACAGAGUGUGUGUGAAACUAGUGCGUGUGUGUGCAUUUACGGUACUCUCCUUCUAGUUCUUGACUGCACCACUGUACCAUCCCAUGACUCUCUUAGGACCCUCUAACAACAGGCUGUUUCUUUGUGCCAGCUGCCCGCAGCUUCCUCCACCAAGCGCUGUCAAAACCCUUUAUUAGCGGUGUCUCGAAACCCCUGGGAAGACCUUGCUUGGUGCCAUUGUGAAAUUUGAAAUGGACAAGUUGCCUGUUUUGUGUGCCUCCACAGUGAAUUCUUCCCCUGAGAUUGCUUUUGUCCUUGGUUCUUUGCGAUGUACCAAACAAAAAAAAGGAAGCCAUGUGUAAAACGGCCCCGAUUGGCAGAGGUAGAGAGCAUUCUGGCACAAAGAGGCGGUCCAAACGCAGCCCCACGAAUAAUGUACACUCUGUAGUCAUGAAGCUGUUUUAUAUUGUACAUACAGCUAAAUAUACGCACACAAUAUAUUUUAAGUUAUCAGUUGAAGAUUGGGGUUAUAGGCCAUAAUAAAGAUGUAGAUGAGUUAUCAUGCAUUUUCAGAGUGUAAUAAUCAGUCAUUGUAGCCCCUGACCCGCUAAGCUCCAUUUAAUAAGUCAAAUAAUUUCCUUCUUAAUGGCUACUUGUAUAUCUGCCAUUGAUGGACCUUCAUAUUUAAAAGAGGAAAAGCCAUAAGAUGUGGGGAAGCAAGCAAACAACACUCUUUUUGGGCCACUAUCAAGUGUACAUGCCAACCUUGUUAUUCUUAUUGGAUUGCAGUCUGUAAUGUAGCCGAGUGCUGCCCAUGCCAAUUCCCCGCCUUCCUGUUACCUUCCCCAGCAAUUGUGUUUGAUACACACUUAUAGUCUUCUUCCCAAGUGUACAGACACACUACUUCCCUAGUGUACACAGCCUAACAAGACCUCAUAAAUAGACACGCACUCGAGAUGCGCUCUCCAGAGCUGCAUUUUCUCCACGAGGCGGUGUAGGCAGUGUUGAUGGCUGAACUGUUGUCAGUAAGUGUGAUAGAUGGGCUGUCAUGCAGAGUGGGGAGUAAAUGAUGGGAAUUGUAAGGAGAACACAGGGUCCAAACCCCAAUACAUUUACCCCCAAAACAGAGAGUGAGACGAAACCCAGUUGGGCUUUCACAAUAUGGCUGUUUUUGAAGGCAGUUACUCUUCUUGUCCAAUGUUGAAACAUCGGCUCUGCUCCAAAACCUAUUGAGCUGCCUUGCUGUCUACUGCCUAUAUAGGUAGCUGGCUAAAAGGGUAGCAUCCUAAUAGAGUGCAAUAGUGCCAGUCCAUUUUCAGUGGCCUUGGUUCCUGAAGUAUUUUUCCCAUGGAUUGAUUUUUAAAAAGUUUUUUAAAAAUCUUGAUUCAAGCAUUAUAAGCCAUGAACCAGACUUAACAGUUAACGAGGUAAAUCACAACAUUCAAAACUUUGAUUUGAAGCAAAAACAUUUUUGAACAUUGGAAAAUAAGACAAAUGUACAACUUUAUUGAAGGAAAGAACUGCAAUCCCAUUAAAACCACUGCAAGUGAUACUGUACACAUAUGUAAAUAUAUAGACAAUUGGACAGGAGCUAAGGAGUUUAUUUGGAACACUUUGCCUGUUGAUCUCUGAUUGGUCAAGAUUCCUUAGAUUCCAGAAUCAUGGAUAGCAUUGUUUAUCCACUGUUAAAUGCAAACAUUUAAAAAAUAAAUUGACAAAUGUGAUAACUGAUGGAGUCAUUAAAAGCCCUCCCCUAUGAAAACAAAACAAAACAAAAAAAUAUUGUCCAUCAUCUUGGAUGGAAGUUUUUUUUUUUUUUUUUUUUUUUUUUGAUUGAAAUACAUCAUGUGACUGCAAUUUGCAAAACGCUGCCUUGCUGUCUACUGCCUAAAUAGGUGAAGAUUCUCCGAGGCUGACAUGUCCUAGCCUAUGACAUGCGGUUAAAUUAGGACCAUGCUAAUGCCAAACUCUGGAAAUAAAGGUUGAGGAUUCAGAUUUCAGUACAUUUGCAUUUUAUUUUAAAUUUUAAAAUAGUCAAUUUUAAUUAGAUUUAUCUGAUUUUAUUGCAAUUCGUCAUGCAAUUGCAUUAUAAGAAUCCAGGUGAUGCUACCAUCAGAAGGUAUCUCAGAACCAUUUGGAACAGCCUUAUAUGCUUUAAAACGCUGCCUACAUAGGCAACUCCGUAGGUUUUGGAACAGAGCCGUUGUUGCAUGUUUAUUUUGGUCCUUUUUCUGUUUUAGGACAUUACAGCACCAAACUAGCCAAGAUCUGCCCUCUUUAUUACAAGGAAAGCUGAUUGAAAGCUUGCCUUCCAGCAGUUCCAUUCUUAAAUUUUUAUUACUUUCUAAGCCCUCCCCAUCGUCUCCCAGCAAGAAGAACCGGUCUAUUUUCUCAGACAAUUAAUCUUGAGUGGCUUUUAUUUCAACACUGUUAAUGGUGUUUAGAAACCAUCAGUGUAUGUGCACUCUUCCAUAGAGUCGCCAAAGCAUCUAAAGUAGUGCUCACGUUGCAUGAUGACAUUCAGUUUUGAAUGGGAGCUCAAUCCAGGGAAUAAGUUAAGGUCCAUCUGUGAUGUAUUUUUGAGAUAACGCUAUAUUUAAAAGACGUACUUGACUGUCUAUGUAGCGUCUAACCGAUCAUUGUUACCCAACAUGGUUGUUAUUAAAAUAAUGUCUGAUGUCUAAAAAGACUCCUUCGACUCCUCUUAGAAACUGUAGCAGUAUGCGUUACUUUGAGGGGAAUUCUUUUCCACUGGAAAAGCAAAGAGAUUGCAUGUUAUGGCCUAAAGGUCAGAUUUUGGGAAUGCUUUGCUUCUGUGUUCAUACCUGUAUUCGGCUGAAUAUGUAAGUGUAAAUAUGACCAACAUCCUCUCUGUCUCUUUUUUUUUCAUUCAUAUUGCUUUGUUUUAACAUUUACCGAGCUUUCCUCUGUUAUCUUGAGGGAUUUGUUGUUGUUUUGUUUGUGAAUGCGGGAACUCGAGCCUGUAUUUGCCUGAGAGUCCUUGUCUGGUGAGACGGAAGGGAAAAUACUCACGGUCUUCAUUUCUCUUUGCAGUUGCACACAUUUUGAGUUUUGUAAACCAGUUGGUUCAUUUUGAAGAAAUUUCAUUCUUGUAAAUAUGUCCCUCUACAAGUAAAAAAAAAAUGUAUAUUUUUACGGACUCUGAGUUAUUAAUACUUCAUUUGCAAAUAAAAUAUUCAACGACAA